CGAGCAUCGCGCCUUCCAAUCUCUCUCGACCUCCCAGCCCAGAAGUUCAGCUGAAUCUCAGUCGCCUUCUUCACCCACCGAGACUCUUGCAAAAACAUCAAAGUUAUCACCUUAUCCAUUUUUUUCCAUAGCUACUCCCCUUCGCAUCUCAACCUGCAAUGCUAUCCAACGCUGGAGCCGCUAAACCCAAGAGCACUAUCCUCAACAUCACCAGCUAUGGCCUAAAAGGCCGACCGCUUGACUUCAAGCCCGAUGUACAUCUCAACGCCCGCCGCUUGAUCAACCCACCUCCCGAGCUUCGUAAAGCUUUCGAUGGCCGUUGCGAAGGCCUUCGUAGGAACCUGCGUGCAGAUCCAGCUUUCCACGAGCUACUUACCGAGACCCCUCCACAAGUAUUCGAGGCCGAAAAGACAUUGAGAGCACUGGUCGUGAAUACCGAGGACAACAGUAUCAAGAAGAUCGAGAUCAAAGUCGCGGUGGCAUGUGUCAGAGGCCGUCACCGAAGCACAGCCGUCGCUGAAGAGCUGGCCAAACUGCCUGUAUGGCCAGAGCAUUACGACGUCAGAGUGAAUCACCGUGAUGUGGAUAUUCCUCAUCGUUACCAGAAAUGGCAUCAGCAGAACCUCGAGCGUGAGCAAAAGGGCGAGACUGUCAAUCUCGAUGAUCAUGGUGUCGAAAGCGGUGACGAUAGCGAUCUCGAAUCGGAAAGUGAGAUACCAACGGAGGAGGACAGACGCCAUGCCCAACGCAAGCCGGAACCCUCGCAGUGGUAGAAAGAUCGCGAGAAGCAGCUGAGAGAAGUCAACAGCGAAG